AUGUUGGCUCAAUUUGAGUGUAGAUUCUUCAAAUUCAUAACCAUUUCUAUUUUCAUUGUCUUGCUCGCGGUCCUAUCUCUCCGUCUCUUCUUGAAAUUCGCUACUUUCCUCGUUGAUCGUCCUUGGCGUCGCUACCGCACAUUCACGUUCCACCGUAGCCGCAGAAGGCAUUCUCCUCCACCGUACUGCGCCGUGUGUCUACAAGAGGCAGAGGAAGGACAAAAGAUGAGUCGAUUGACGAUUUGCCGUCACUGUUUCCACGUCGACUGUAUCGUUCCAUGGCUUUGCGAAAUGCCAAUGUGUCCGUUGUGUAGAGUUGAGAUUCUGCCUCUACCAACGGUGAAUCCUCUGCUCUUACUGUUUGUUCCGGCCAAUGUGAUCGAUAUGUUCAGCAUUAAAAAGAUAAGGGUUUAA